GGUGGUGGCGGUGGUGGCGGCAGUGGCGGUGCUGGUGUUGGCGGUGGUGGUUGUGGUGUUGGCGGUGGUGUUGGUGGUUGUGGUGUUGCCGUUGGUGGCGGUGAUUGCCAGCAACCUGACAAGUUGGCGGUGGCGGUGGUGUGGGCGGCUGGGAAGCUGCGCUCAAUAUUCACGCUGCUCGUUGAGUGUGAGGAGGACGACCAUGUGCUUGUGUCUGCAUGCGAGAUGUUGCAAGUCCUCAGCUCCAGCCAUGCUGGUGCAUUGGCAUUUAGCAACAAUGGAAGCCUCGCGGCCUUAGCCAGCCUGCUGGGACGCACUCACAACCCUCAAGCCCUGGAGAAGAUCACCAGCACGCUGUGGAACCUGUCGCGCCACGAGUCUCUGAGGGCUGCGCUGGUGGAGCUUUGCCUCCCGGCGCUGGUGGAGCACGUGCUGGUGCCAGAGAGCGGCUGGAGGAGCAACUUUGGAGACUCGCCCGCCUCAACCUCCCCACCCGGCUCGUCCGCCUCGCCUUCCGCGGCGUUCUGCAACGCCUUGACGUGCCUACGGGAGUUGAGCUCGGCAGAUCCGGACGGACGGCUGAGCACGUGGAAGGGCGAGGGGCUGGUGGACUGCGUGCUGCGCUUCGUCCGCUCGGCACUGAGAGGACGCAACAUCGAGACCAAGGCGGUGGAGGAUGCAGUCUGUGUCCUGCACCAGCUGAGCGUCCACAUGCUCCACAACGUGCCGCACUGCGGAGACUCAAGGCUGGGGGGGGGCAGCUGGGGGGGAGCUGCCAGCCACAGCUCCACCCUGAAGACAGGCUGGGAGCUGCUGUUCCAGGCCGACACAGUCAGCUGCUACGUGUCGCUGCUGCAGCAGUCGCACAACGUGCUCGUGCUGCAAGCGGCAACACGCUCCAUCUACACGCUGGCCAGCGGAGACACCCAGUGGUCGGCGUUGUCCCGCACGGCCGUGGCUCACAACGGGGGGCUGCCCUGCCUCCUGGAGCAGCUGCGGAGCGGGAGGAGCAGGAGUAGUGACGACGACGAGCGCCGUCUGCUGGCGUACACCUCGGUGCACGCGCUGCGGGUCCUCGCUCGCAAUGACCCCAACAACCAGCGCCUCAUCGGGCUGCACAAUGGCGUGAGGAUCCUCACCGCGAUGCUGCCUGACGCUGCCGAGGCAGGCAGCGGUGGCGGCGGUGGCGAUGGUGGCGAUGGUGGCGAUGGUGGCGAGGCCUCGCGGCUGGGCGAGGAGGGGCUGUCGGCAGUGCUCUGGGCGCUGACGGCGCUGGUUUCCGGCAGCGUCGCCAACGCUCAGCGGCUGCAUCGCGGCGGUGGCAUCAGGCGCAUCGUGGCCAUCCGCACCAGCCGGACGGCGUGCAGCCAGGACCUCUUUGCAGCGAGGGCUUUGCUCACCGUCCUCUGGGCUCAUCACGACCUCCGCGCCAGCUACAAGAAGUGUGGCGGCUGGGACAGGGAGCACUUCUUGUCACCGAGAUGCCACGAGCAGCAGCAGCGGCGCCGGCAGCAACAGCAGCAGCGCGUGCACUCGCUGUGGCACCAGUGGCAGCUGUGCCAGCAGUGGCAGCUGUGGCAGCAGUGGCGCCAGUCGCAGCUGUAGUAGCAGAAGCAGCAGUAGCAGAAGCAGUAGUAGUAGUAGGGGUAGUGGCGGUAGUAGCAGUCCGCUCGGCGGACGCUGGCGUUCUCCUCUUGAAUCUUGACUUGAAGCUUUCGUGCCUUGCAGGGAUUUAUGGGUCUGUCGGUCAGGUGGCGUGGGUAGGUUCAAGAAAAUAACAAAAAACUACGACGUUUCGAUCGCAACACAAGCGGUCGUCAUCAGUGUUGCGAUGGAAACGUCGUGUGUUUUUGUUAUUUGCUUUGAACCUACACACGUGAUGUUACCGACAGACCCCAAAGAAUAUGCUCUUCUUAACUUCGCUUGUUGAUGUUGAUGAAGAUGUCGAUGGUGCUGUUGUUGAUUUUGUCGUUGAUGUUUAUGAUGUUAUUGAUUUUGAUGAUGUUGUUGAGGAUGUUGAUGUCGUUCGACCGGUGGCUAUGGGAACAAUCCCCCUAGGGGAGGCUAAUUGACCCGACCCAGCCAAGGUGCGGGUCUGGACUCUGGCUUCCUCGGAACUCGCCCUCACAAGGACGUAGAGCCGGGAGUCCCAGAGUCCCACCACUGGCCCUCACAGCGUCCCGGCCCUUACAAGGACAAGCGGGACAAGGGGGUCCAGGGUCCUAAGCUGGCUGGCUGGCAGGUCUUGACCUGCGACUGGCCCUGAUCGGCCAGGGAGCUGCCCUUUUAUGCCUCGUGCCCAACGAGGGUUGGGGUUGUGUGCACCCCCAGGUAUCCCACAGAGCACACACAGCCCCCCUGUUGGUGGCACCAAGGGGCUUAAGCAUCUGGGGUGCCUGGGAUCCUAGCGCCUGGCGCCAAGGGGCUUCUCUGCCUAGGGUCCCAGAGCCCCCAGCAGCCCCUCCCCUCUUGGGCUGGCACAGUAGCCCCUCUCAUGGCACUGCACCUGUAGUAUAAAUGGGCUGUUCUAUGGCGACAGUGGGUGUACUAUACACAAAGGCUCACUAGAGGGCACAUUCCAGAUGUGACGGAGCACGUGGCCCAGAAGGGGAUGGCCACGUGAUGUGGACCCAGAGUGUGACUGACGGGGGGGAGGGGGGGGGGUGCGGAGUCCCCCCGUGGUUCUUCAACCGCGGGAAAGAAGUCGUCCACUUCCAUCUUCGCUUUUCAGCCUCCGUACGCGUCGCCUGUUCCCGUCCCACCGUAGCGAAGGGGUUCCGCUCAAGCGGCGAGGUGGUUAGGGCCGGCGGCCACCACCUUACGUGGUUAGCCCGCGAUGAGCGCAGUCGCUCGCAAUGUGCUUGGUUCACCUGGGAACGUUGAAUAGUGUUGGUUGUGUGAGAGAUUAAAACUUGCUGCC